CUCUCCCCCCUCCCUACCCACCUUGUCUCGUCCUUCGCCGGCCCCUUGUAUUCUUGAUUGCGACUGCCUCACAACAGCCGACUGAGCACGAAAGCCAUCCGCCCGACCCCAGCACGACAGCCAGAGGACCCUGAACGACUGCCUGCACACUGAGAGCCAGAGAGCCAGAGAGAGAGAGAGAGAGAGAGAGAGAGAGAGAGCACGGCCGGCCAUGAGCGAGUACAGCUAUGCGCCGCGGCGACACCGCGAGCCCGAGUAUGUCACCGAGACGACGUACAUCGAGCGCGGCGGCCGAGGAGCCGGGCCAGUGCGCGACCUCGUCUACCGCCCUGCGCGCGAGGACAGCAUCGAAGACAUCCCGCGCGACUUCCCUCCACCAGGCGCCGAGUACCGUCAGACCAAGUACCGCGAAGAGUAUGCCCCGCGCCGCACCCGCUCGGCGAACCGCGGCUACGACGACGACUACUAUGACGACCGCCGACGCCGCGACCGCUACGACGACCGCGACUCGUAUGCUGGCGACCGCCCCAAGCCCCAGCGCCGCAAGUCUAUCGUCGACAGAGCCAAAGACAUCGGCGAGGCGGCAGGCCUCGGCGGUGUCAUCGGCGCAAUCACUGGCAACCGCUCCCGUUCGCGUUCGCGCUCAAGACACCGACGUCGCGACGACCGCGGCUACGAGAGCGACCGCCGCCACGAUGACUACGACCGCCGCAGCAGCCGGUACGACUCGAGGUCGCGCAGUCGCAGCCGUGGAGGCCGCAAGUCGGAAAAGUGGGAACAGGCCGCCAAAGCCGCCAUAGUAGCCGGUGCCGUCGAGGCCUUCCGCAGCCGCAAUGUCGCUGGCCCCUGGACUGGCGCCAAGGGCCAGCGUGUCGCUACAGCGGCCCUCGGUGCUGCCGGUAUUGAUGGUUUGAUUGACCGCGACCCUGAGAAGCACGAGAAGCGCCAUGUCGCCGAAUCCGCCCUCGGUGGUCUGCUUGCCAACCGCGCCGUCAACGGCUCCCGCUCCCGCUCUCGCGUCCGUCGCGACGAUUCACCCGGGGGUCGAUCCCGCUCGCGCUCCAGGUCCAUCUUCAGCCGUUCGCGCUCUCGUGGCCGCUCUCGCUCCACCUCUCCGCGCAACAGGGACGGAAACCCAAUCGCGAAGAUCGCUGGCACCGGAGCGGUUCUCGCAGCAGGAAAGGCCCUCUACGACCGGGUGCGCUCGAAGUCGCGCGGUCCUGGCGGCCGCUCUCGCUCCCGUUCUCGAUCUCGCUCGCGCAACAGGCGUGACCGCUCGCGUUCGUCCAGUGCAGACAGCUACGUACCCUCGCGCAGGAACCGUCGCUCGUACAGCCGCGGCCGCAGUAUGGAUAAUGGCUACCAGUCGAAUGACCCUUCUCGGGCUAACCCAGAUCGCAGAUUAGCGGCAGCAGGCGCAGGUGCGGGAGCCGGCGCGCUCGCCACCCAGGGAAACAGGAGUCUAGCUUCUCAGCGCGGCGGUGGCAGAGAUGCUUCCAGCGAUUCGUCUAGCACGACGGACAUGGAGGAGCAGCGCAAAAAGCUUCGAGGUAAGGAACUCCUGACCGCGGGCCUCGCUACCGUGGCAACCAUCCACGCGGCACAUGGCGUCUACUCGUCCAUGGUCGCCUCUGAGAAACGGCGCAAGCUCGUCAGCGAAGGCGAAAUGUCGCCCGAAGAAGCUCGGAAACGCAAAUCCAAAAACAUGCUCCAGGACGCAGCUGCCGUCGGCAUCGCUGCCCUCGGUAUCAAGUCUGCGUACAGCGAGUGGAAGGAGAUGAAUGAGCAAAGACACAGCGUGAAAGAGCUGGAGAGCCGCCGACGAAAGAGGAGAAAGCAGAGAGAGCGCCGUGAACGAGAGGCCCGCGAGAAUGCCAUGCAGAACCCACAUAUGAAUGGCGCUAAUAUGUACGCGUACCCUGUAGCUGCGCAACCGUAUCCUACGACCAGCUAUGCGGAUGCGAAUCCUUAUGGCAGCAUGCCGCCGCCGCCCAUGGGGGCGCAGUACUGAUGUUUUCCUUCUGUCACGAACAUGAGUUUUGGAGAUGGCUAUUGUUACGGUGGU